UGUGGAGCACCACAAUAUAGAGAAUGACAUGAUGAUGUCUCAGGAGGUUACAUACCGACCACAUCCUAGUGGUGAUGGGGUCCCAAAGGAUACAAAUAUGAUUGCUGUUGUAACUAUCAGAUUUGUUAAGGACGCGAAAUAUCAUAUUGAUGUUCACGGAUUCAAUGUUUAUCACAAGAAUCGACUUAUUAAGCCAUUCUGGAGGCUUUGGAAUGCUGCAGGAAGUGAUGGUUGCGGAGUUAUAUAUAGGAAAUGGGCCAUCAACCAUCGAUUCCAUUCUUAUCCCUAUGUUCAUUAUUAAAAGUUUCAAGUAUGAACCUCAAUCUUUAUCCUCC